CACCAAACUUGCUGGAAUGAAUUGUGAAAGUUAUGUUUCUAUGGAAUGUAUUACAAUUGUUAGGAUUCAGCCUUCAGUGACUGGUGCAUAGCUCUAUCUGCUUUCUCUCACAUUAUAAUAAUUUAAAAAAAAACCAGCAUGAAUCUAUUAUUUGCAUCUAGAUGUUUUUCCCGAAAAAAAUUUAUGUGAAUUUCCUCAAGAGGGCACCAAACACCAACGCAAGCUUGCAUUGUGGCCUGCAGCAAUCUGCGUAAAGACCUCUGAGGUAAGAGGGUCUUGUGACUACACCAAUGUGACCAGAUGGCACAGCACUCCCCCUCUCCUCAGCAGCACAAUCAAUCCUCUUAGACUCCUACUAAUGGCUGCCAAAGCUGCUGAUCAAACAGAAAUCAUGACAAUGCUGCUAGAUCAGUCUGAGAACAAUCUGCUCGAAUGCAAAGUGUGCUUUGAAAAAUACAGCCUGGAGAAAAAACAUCGACCCAAGAACUUACCAUGCGGGCAUGUGAUGUGCCUGGAGUGUGUCAUGUCUCUGGCCCACCCUCGGAAUUUCAGGCUGGAGUGUCCUUUCUGUCGCAGAGCUUGCAAAUCUUCAGAGACCAGCGACUGCUUGCCGUUGUUGCACCUGAUGGAAAUCCUGAGUCCUUCAGCCAAUCAAACUCCAGUUGCAGGAAGGAUGCUGGGGAGAAGGGAGGCUGUGGCUGCCCCUGGAUCUCAAGUCUUCACGUUUCAUCUUUCUUUCGGAGGCUGGGGGACGCUGAUCAACCCCACAGGGCUGGCUGUGUGUCAGAGCUCGAGCUGUUUAGCAGUGGCCCACGAUGGCAAGAAAAGAAUUAAGCUGUUUAGCUUCAGUGGCAGCUGCCUACAGCAGUUUGGAGAAAAAGGGCAAUCGGGAAAUGACCUCAAGUACCCAACUGACGUCGCGGUCACUUUGGAUGGUCACAUUGUUGUCACCGAUAGCGGGGACCGUUCAGUCAAAAUGUUCGAUUGUGAUGGCAGGAGCAAGAUGGUCAUUGCAGAGUCCUUUUCCUUGCCGUGGGGCCUGGACACGACGCCACAAAAUGACAUCCUCAUGACCGAUUCGGAGGCAGGUGCUCUGUACCGCUUGUCGGCUGACUUUAAAAAGGGAGAAUUAAAGGGAGUGAAAAGGCUGUAUUCUAACCUGUGUCACCCAAGGAAAGUGGCUGUUUCGCCCAUCUCCGGAGCCAUCGCAGUCAUCGAACAUUUGAUGGGCAAAGGGCUCUGCUACGGCAAUACCAGGCUGAAAAUCUUCAACAGAGACUUGCAGCUAAUCAGCCAGGUGGACAGUUUUGGCCUGAAUCUUGUCUUCCCUUCCAAAGUCCAUGCCAGUGCUGUGACCUUUAGCAGGGAAGGGCAAGUAAUAGUAACUGAUGCUUAUAACCAAGCCGUCUUCUCUCUUGGAAAACCUGAAGAAUUCCCUACGUGUAAACCUUUGAUAACUCAGGGUCUUUCCUACCCUUUAGCAUUAACUUUCAUAUCAGACCAUUCUCUAGUGGUUUUGGAUGGUGGGGAUCAUUCUUUAAAAAUAUAUACUCUCAGCUAAACAGUGGUCUGGGUGGGAUCUCAUUUCAAGGAAGAUUAUUCAAAAUGCUUAAUUCUCCAGCUGGUGGGUUUGAGUGCUCUCUGGUUUAGCUGUAGUGGAUUUUAGUUCAAACAAGUUGAAACAAACUUAACUCUAUAGCUUUAUGUCUCCCUCCCUGAAUGGAAGUCGUGUUAACUUAUUUCUGAGUAGAAGUGCACUGCCAAGUGACCAUCCCUAGUAGAAUUACUGUAGUAAAAUAUAUGAAGCCAGAUGUGACCUACUUUGAAACUGUACGUAUUCAGUUCUGAGUAGGAUGAGUUUCUCUUGGGUUAUAGAUGAUAGAAAGCCAGUCUAUUUGAUCUCUUUCCACCAGAAACUUAGGGUUUCUUAAAACAAAAUAAAGGAUUCUUUUCUUUUCUGCAUUACUAAA